AUGAGUACUGACGCUGCUGCUCUCGUUCCUGGUAUUCCGGGGCUGUCUUUCGCUCUUCAAAUGAAUAUUGACUCCAUCAGUCUCGACAAACGAAUCAAGCACGCAACGGCUACAGCUGAGGCAUCAGAUACCUUUGGCACUGUUGGUUCUCUCAGUGUCGGUCUCAAGUUAAUCUCGCUUGAGCCCAAGAUCUCCUCAGUUUUACAGUCUAUAGCCUCAAAAAAUGAAACUUUCGCAGGUCUAGGUAUUGUUGUUCUUUACAGCCUGGUACAACUCAAGAAUGACACAGAUGCAUUUGGUAAAGCUAUUGUCACAAAGCUCGAUACACUUGAAGCAGGCUUAGCGCCUGUGAUCAUGUCCAGCAUUGAUUCUGCGUUUGACUCAGCUAUUUCUGCCUUCCAAAGCCAAGCCAUCUAA